CACGCUCGGUAGUUGUUUGCUGAUGAAUACGCGUGAAGCAGCAGCAGUGGUAGUCAUCAUCGUCAAUGUGAUAAGCGAACGCGACAGAAGCGAAAGGACAUUUCCGACCAUGUUCUGCUGAAAAAUUUGGUGUGUCGUGCGUGCGUGCGUGUGCUGCAAAUUCUUGCAGAAAUCAACGGACGGACGGACGGACGCGUAUUUCUCAUCCGCCUGUGGCGUGUGAAUUCUUUGUUGCGUAUUUUGUGUGUUUGUUACAAACCAAAAAAAAAAGCUAGUGUUGCACCUAGGAAGUGGAACAGAUUCAAAACGGCAGCCCUUUCGAUGGAAAAUUGAUGAAAACUUCAAGUGGUGGAAAAAUUAUAGUUUCGGGAGACGGACCAGUUUCGCAUACGGUGAUGGGGGUGUACCCCCUGACAGGAAAUGCAACCACCCCAACGUUACAUACCGUCAGUUUCUGAUUUAUACGGUACAGACGAAAUAGAAUUCCUACUGGACGAAAUUCGGGAUCUCGAACCGGCCUGCUGUCAGCUAGAGGACAUUCAAGAUUUUGAGAUAGCUGGCAGCAGAGCUGGUGAGCUUUCAAUCUCGCUCGAAUCACCGCUGGGGACCUGCACAUCCUGGGACUCACAUGCACAUUAUCGUCAAAGGAUAGGGAACACACCGCUACCGUGGGGCGUUGCGUUGCACUGCGACGCCUCACAUCUGACCACUCCUACAGGCAUUGUUAGGAUAUUGCUGGUGAUAUCAUCAGCAGCCUGUCUCGCUUGUGAAUGUUCGGCUGGUACCGUACAAGUGGGAUUGUUUCUACUGCCACUCAUUGGAAGGUUGAGGUUGAUGGUAUUUUGUGCCCUAUUUUCACUGUUAGUAACGUGUUUGAUGCUGUUCUUGGAUAUAUCGCAUAUAGCGUUAAUGUUUCCCUUCAACUGGGGAAAGUUGAAUGCAUGGAUGUACCUGACAAUCGGUUUAUUAUUUCUUGUUGGUUCAUCAUUGCUAAUCCAUAUGGUAUUCUUUGCUGAGGAAUUUAUGUGGGUGCCGAAGCACACCAAGGACACAUUGUUCAUAUCAGCGAUAAUAGGUUAUGUUUGCUCCAUCGAAGCCGUGAUUCUUGCGGCGCUUACGAAAUGUCCCUCCCAGUAUCGUCACGUGAUCGACGACUACAGCGACAUGUGCUUGGAGGAGCGCGAACUUAGUCCUAUUUGUAGUAACGAGCUAACUAAUAACAUUAACAACACUUCUACCGAUAACAAUAACACAAAUGCAGCUGCGAACGAAUUAACGAAUCAUCGGAAUUACAACAACAAAAUCGAAACGGGUGAUAGCGUGACACCAAUGUGUAAUCAGAAACCUUAUAUACCAGUGAAACGUCCCGACCAAUCGUAUAAUCAGCGUCCUACCCUAGGUAAUAUGCAAAAAUCGAAUCAUCGCAACCGCCAGGGUUAUCAUUAUCAACCAAUUGCCUCAACGUCACGGCAAAGUCCCACGUUCGUCCUGGACGACGAUGCCAUACCGGGACCGUCGAACCGAUCACUGGACUAUUCCAGUGCGUGAUAAUAGAGGUACUGUUCUUUUCUACAUCUUGUCUUGGUUCUCUUCUAUCCAGUGGGAAACGGUCUAUAGGAGAUGAAAUGAUGCAUCAUUUUAGUACCUUGCACACAGCAGUUAUCGUUCGGAGUAAUGAUGUGCGAGAAGUUCACAGAACAAGAUAGAUUUAUUUGAUAGGUUAUUGUCUUCAACAAAUAUUUUACCGGUUAUUUUUAUUGGGAAGAUGAGUGCAAAAGAACUUUCUCAAGUAUAUCCGCUAUGAGUAAUCAGAAAGAACAGAAACAUCAAUGCAGUAGAGUAGAUCACAACGUAGGAUUAAAUUAGUUCAAGUUCCAUUCCUCUGGUCAGAUCCAUUGUCCAACUAUUUAGAAAUAUUUACGCGAGUAUAUAAUUCGGAAGAGAGACGCGAUCAAAUACAUGAAGAAAAGGAGCUGAUCGAGUAUAUAUAUAUUAUAAUUAGACAUCAAACAAAAUCAAAUCCUUUUUGUAUAUAGAAGAAACCGAAACUCUGAAAACGCAUAGAAGUAUGCAUUCACACCCAUUUUGUGGAGUAACUGGUGGUAGUAGCUAGAAGAUGCACCGUGCAUUGUUACAACAAAUGGGAAUUCGAAGUUGGUGCGGGAGGAUGAAGAAACAAUAAGAUAUAAAUUAUAUUAAUUUAGCAAUCAGAAGAUUUCGUAAAGUAAUAAAUUGAGCAAGUAAAAGUAAUAAAAGUAUAACAAGAACGUUUUGGAUAACUAGUUAUUUAAACUUGAACUGACAUAUGAGGAAAAAAACAUAGAAGUGUAUAAUUUCAUAAAUAUUUAUACUACAUAGCAGAGCAAACUAGUCAACAGUUUUUUUUUAAUAUAACAGAAGAUGAGAAUUGUAGAUAUCAUUACUAAUGCGGACGAUUUUUGCUAAAGCCAUGCGAAAAUACCUAGAGGCUAGAGUUGGGAAUAGAAGAAGAAGAAGAAGAAGAAAAACGCAAUUUAUGAAAGUUAGAAAUGUGUGGUAAACAUUUUCCCAAUACACCUUUGUGAUGGAAAACACAUAUUCGAAGGUGAUUAUUUGUUAUUCAAAUUGACAUAUCUUUAGCUAUGUCAUCAUUUCCACCGCGUAGGAAAAUGGCUUAGUCAAAUGUUAUUGCUAUCCAUUUUGGUUAUUACUGCAAUUCUCUCGCACAGUGGGCAAACAAGAUGUUGCUUUUUUCAAGGGUAGAAAUGUUGGCUUGUUACCACAGAUGUGUAGUUAAUGCGCCAAUGUACUUGUAAAAAAAUCUGACUUGAGUUUAGGACCAGAAUUCUGCUUAAGGAUCGUGAAAACUGCAAUGACAAUUGAGCAAUCUUUAUAAUAGAGACAGUGUAAUGGAAAGUCAAUUCGGAAGCGUUUGAUGCCAAUGAGAUGUUUCUAUUUACGGUUCAUACAGAGUAACGUGUACAUUAGUAAGGAAGCUUAGCGCUUGAAUACUUCUCCAACUAACAUAACCUACACUACAUCCGUCCCAGUGAAACUAUUUUAUAGAACUAUUUAGAUUCAGUUUGUACUUCCAUCUACAUUGUAAUCUCUCCGUAGAACGAAAUUAUGGUGCGUAGCUGAGUCAGUUUUUGGAAUAUUUAUCUUAUGUGCCGUCCAUAUUGAGAAUAUAAAAGAAAAUGCGAAAGCGCAACAUACAGAUUGGAUUACGGGGACAGAGAGCGAACGAGUUGAUUCGCCCACUUCUUUUCAAAACAAAAGAAAAUGUUGAAAUUCGUUCGGAUGUGACGCAUAACGAUAGGUUUGACAAUAAAGUAGUUUCGUUCCUGCUGUCGCAUGUAUGAUUUUGGUUUGAAAUAGUACAAUUUUUGAUCAGUAACUUUCCUUGAUUUCACGUACCGUUCAAAGACAAUAAAUAGGUAAAACAGAUAAAAUCCGAAAUGUCUCAAUGCUUCACUCGCCCACUGUGCUUCUCCUUAACACACACUGAAUUCCUAAAAACAAAAACAAUGUAUCAUAAGCUCGCUAGUGUUUUAACAAAAAAAACCAAACGGUAUUAAAAUGGUCCCAAACUACAGUUUCUACCUAAUUAAACGGAGAGUAUUACAUUUACAGAACUAUUGUUUACACAACUCUAUCAAUUUUUACCAUCGUUCAUGACAGGUUUUGCAGCAGUGAAGACAAAGUUUACCAAUUAUCAAAAUGGUACUGGAGGUUUCUUUAAGCGCCGAAAGAUAACAAUCGAACAAAUGCCGCGAACGGGCCAACUAAUCGAGACGAAAUUCCUCAGGAAAAUGUGUUCAAAUAAAAACAAUUAGAAACACUUCCUGUCAAGUGUUGCAUAAGUAAAAAAACAAACUCUAGUGACAAAUUAUACUUAAAAACAAGAAAAAAACGAAACAUAACCAAUCGAGUCGUAUCGUUUAAAAGGGGAAAGUAUUAACCAUUUUAAUUACGCAGCUCCCGCGGUGCGAGAGCUCUUUCCAAACGCACAAUGGCAUCAUUGAGGACCCGCAAAUGUUCAAAACUAAGACAACGACGAUACUCUUAGCGAUAAGAAGCACCGCGAUGGCCACCUCAAUAGUUGGUAAACUUUGGCAAAUAGUUGUAACUUACAAAAAAAAAAAGAAAUCUCAAUCUCUUGUUUAUGCGAUUACUUUUCACACAAAUUAAUGAAUAAAUGAGUAUUACAAACAAACAUGUUCAGUCUUUCCCAAACACACACAAACACAGACGUUAUCUUUUAUUUGCAAUUUACUAGCGAAAUAGAAAAAAAAUGAGCGCUUUAACAAAAGCGUGGUGGAGAAUCAGAAACUUAAAAUGAUACAUAGCGCGACACAUUCUAGUUUUUUGAAUGUUCAGUAAAUGAGAAAUGGACAGACGCAAAUAAAAUGGCAUGUGAACUCCAUUGAACACAGACAAAAUCGGUGUAAAUAUAGAUUUUAGAUAGUUUUGAUGACGGUUGUAGGAAGAUUUAUAAGAAACCAAAAAAAAAAUAAAAGAGUAACAUACCAAUAGAGAGAACUACUGCCAAAGAAUUAUCCUGAAACGUUAGUCGUCUUUAGUGAUAAUAUUAAAAUUUAAAAGCAACAAACUCGUGAGAAACUUUGUUUGGAAGGAAGACAACCUACUUGAUCUAUAUUUCCCUACGCCAAACGUUAAUUUCGGAUGGUGCAUUCGGUAAAACAACACACGGAAACGUGCGAAACUCAAUUAAUUCGCAAUCCGCUUCUAUGCACAAGCACAAAACGAAAUAAAAACGUUUCUCUUACCAUUUUGUAUUACAUUCGCGUCGGGAACGAAUCGUAUAGCAACAAAACAAAACCUAAAGCAUUAGUUUCUUUAACCAAAAAUAUAAUCAAAAUUAAAACGAAAGCAGAAAUUCGAUUCAAUAUACCAUGAUUUUACAGGGUACAUAAUUAAAAUUCCGUUUCGAGUGUGAUUUGGACAACACACAUCUUCGUAGAAAGUAUAAUGAAACAAACGCGCGAAAUUGAAACAAAAUUAUAUGAGUGAAGAGAAUUUUCAAAAAAACAAAAAAAAACAGGAAAUCAAUUCAAUAUUUAAACAUAAUACGGUUUUGACAUAACAAACGAUGUAGAUAGAAUUGUUGAAUAUGAAAUCAUGAGAUCAUCGUAAAAGAAAAUAAUAUUAAGAACCGAACAAAACAGUUUCAAAUGUUCACCCAAUAAAAAAUCGAAAACUGAAUUGUGUGAAGAGGAGAAUUCCACGUAAGCUUGUGAAAGUAACAGUUUAGUACUGAUUUUUGAACUAAAGUAGUGAAAAUAGGGCGCAACUGUAAGGACACUGAAACAGUAUGUGUUACUUUUUUCCUCCUUUCCAUUUUUGUUCAUCGUUUCCCCCCUCUAUUUAGUGAAUCUUUAGGUGUCGCAAGUGAGUGUAAUGUUCGAGUUUUCUUAGUUAAAUUCGAAACACAUUACCAGAUGUAUGUAAUUAGUUUUUGAAGAAGGAGAAAAGUGCCUGAGUUAGGAUAUAUGUUUGUGGACGAUAUUUGCGGAAUUUUUCUCCGGAUCAAUGAAUGAUCGACACAAUAGUUUCGAUAAAUUUUCUCACUGUACAAGCACAAGCUUUCUAGGCAAAUUUUCUCGUACUAGUAACUAAUAUAAUAGUCAUUUUCACUUGUUUUCAUUUUCGAUUACAUAUAUGAAAUGUGUCGUAUUGAAAUCAUUUAUUCGAUUCAUCGAUCGGUAACGAAUGACACGUCAUACCACACAGUUACACAUUUUGGCGAUAUUCGAACCGUUGGAGGCUAGAGAAAAAAGAAAACAUUUAACGAAAAUUUAAAACAAAUCAUAAACGUUUUGAGCAGGAAGUAUUACUUCGUGGCGAGAAAAAAGAUUAAUGAAAAAAGAACAACAAAACCAAAAAAAAAGAAAAAGAUUAUAGCAAAAUUAUUUUAAUUAAAACAAGAAACAAAACGAAACAAGACAAAAUCAUUGUAAAAAUAGAUAAUUCAACA